AUGGAUCUCUCCCGGUUGCUCAAUCCCCUUGGAUCGGAUUCUGAACAGGCUCCCUCUUCUCAUCCUGGGCCCACAACCACAACCACACAACCCGACACCGGCUCCAACUCUGGCAUCAACUCUACUUCAACAUUCCACCGUCAGCAACAACAACAACAACAACAACAACAACAACAACAACAACAACAACAACAACAACAACAACACCACCACCACCACCACCAGCAGUACUAUCACGACAGCAAAACGGAUGGAAGGAAUCACGAUCGCCAAGAGUUCACCGACUCCAUCGGUCCAAAACGCCACGACCUGACAAGCUCGGUCGAGCAAUUAGGAGGGUUGGCGACUCUGAACAUUGAAGGUGGUCGUCAGAACUACCGCAACCAACAGCUCCCAGCGCGACACGAUUAUCCAUCAGAUGGCGGUGGAGGUGAAGGUUAUGAGCAGCAGCGCAUCGUGGCCCAGCCUAGUCCUUAUUCUCGGCCGCCUUGUGAGAGCAACUACUUUUCUCCUGUGGAGGGCGAUGAUCGAAUGGACCAAGAUUAUCACCACUACCAGCAGCAGCGCCAGCAACACCGCCAUCACCACCAGCAGCACAUGCGACAAGAUCAACAGCAGCAACAACAACUUGAGCAGCAGCAACAUGAGCAAUUGACGUCGCCGACGACAAAACGCAAAUAUCAUGAAAAUUCGUCUACAUCAUCAUUCGCUAAACCUUCUUCAUUUGGAUUCAACCACCACCACCAACAACAAAAUUCGGAUGAGCAGGAGAACGAUGGGGAUGUUGAUGAGGAAAAGGGUGGAGGGAGCAGUGGGACAAGUAACAGCAACACUACCAGCAACACCAGCAGUGCUGGUACUGCUUCAGGCAAUGGAGGAGGAGGAGGAGGAGGAGGAGGAGGUAACAAUGGCAGCAGAAACAGUUGGAGUGCGGGUGAAGCGAAGAGACGACGUUCUUUGCUUGCUCAGUUUCAGGAGUCGGGCGAUCUCUCUUCCCUCGGACAGCAGCAGCAACAGAGUUUAUUCGGGGACCCGGUUCAGCCACAUGAUCGCAGGAACAGCGGCAGUGCCAGUGGCAUUGGCAGUGGCCACAAGAUUGGGGGUAACCCGAGUGAGUCUGGGUCUCAUAAUACGGCAGCAUCAUCGUCUUCACCGUCAUCAUCACCAUCCGCAUUGUCAGGAACAACAUCGGCAAAAAUAAAAACACAAGCAGGAACACCAGCAACAGGAACAUCAACAAAUGUUCCAUUGACAUUUGAGCGAAGUGGCGACGGAAAGAUCCGGUGCACAUUUCCUCGAUGUGGAAAAGAGUUUUCGAGCGAGUCAAGGCUAUCGACACACAUCCGCAUCCACUCGGGAAAACCUCCCUACCCAUGCGACUACCCAGGAUGUGCCAAAGCCUUCCACACCUCAUCGUCGUUGUCACACCAUCGGGUUGUGCACUCGGAUCAAGGCCUGAGACCCUUCGUAUGUCGUCAUGACCGCUGUGGAGCAACCUAUACUCAAUUGGCCCGGCUCAUCACCCAUCAACGCACAGCCCACAGUGCAACAACAACAACGACGACGACGGGUAAGAACAACACCAAACACAACAACGCUUCGACCGAAUCAACAACCGAGGCGACGGGGAACAAGUCAACAUCAUUAUCAUCAUCAUCGUCAUCUACGCAAAAGGCCGUGACUAGUCCUACUGGUGCUAGUGGCAGCGGCAGUGGCAGUGGUAGUGCUAGUGCCGUGGAGAACAUGAGCAGGACCACGAACAGGGGCACUAGAGCUUCCACCACUGCUACAGCUGGACUUGCGUCGUCUUCUUCGUCUUCCAGACCGCCGCCUUUUCCAGGAACAGGAAGAUCCGGAGCACCAGGGGAGGAUGGUGAGGAUGAGAGCGAUGAUAUGAAGCAGCGCCGUGAGGCUGCCUUGACGAUGGCCAGCAUCAGGGAACUCGCUGGCGACAACAAGACGGUCACUUCUCCGCCAUUAGGGACACGACCGGUUCCACUCUCUCCUCCGGGCUCUGGCCCUGUUUCUCCACAGGACCAGUAUUCGCCUCAGGAUCGUCGGUUCACCUUUUCGUCUCAACAUCAAUUACGAGAGCAGGGUCUGCCCGGUUACUCCUCUUCCCGUCGACAAUCUCACCCGAACCAGCAUCAACAACAAGUUUAUAGCCACCAACAGCAGGAUUACCCGUACCAUCAUCAGCAACAGCAGCAACAACGUCAUUAUGAGUUCGGAUCGCAAAGGAGUAGUAGCAAUGACAUUGACUAUGAGUCUGACCGCCCACAACACCACCAUCAACUUCACCGCCAGCAAUAA